GGCUACAAGAGGAAAACAGAGGCUGCCAAGAAGGAGUACCUGAAAGCCCUGGCCGCGUACCGAGCCAGUCUGGUUUCCAAGGUAACAGCGGAGGUCACAUCUCUGAUAUACAUGGGUCAGUGGCGAUAAAAGGGAUGAUGAAUUAGAUGGAGAAUUCCUCUCUCAUCCCGGGGGAGGGUCUCCGUGCAGUGCCGCUUGAGGAGGGGGUGUGUGCUCCGAAGAGAACGGUGAAAUUAGGUCCCAAACACACACCUUUAUUUGCCUGUGUUAUGUGCAAAACACGGUGAGGGAGGGAGGGAUGAAAGGUGUGUGUGUUGUCUGUGUGGGAGAGAGUGAGGGUGUAUGCAGAAUGCGUGUGUGUGUUCUUAAGUACUGUAUGUAUGUGUGUGUGCUUGCUUGUGUAUUUGUGUGUGUGUGUGUGUACCUGUGUGUGUUCAUGUGUGUGUGAACGCGUGGGUGUGGGCAUUACCUAGCAUGGUGCCACCUGGUUGUGUCUGUUUUUUUAAAUGAGGAACAAUUGUGUGGGCUGCCUGAGGCUUGCUCACAUCGACAGUUUCUUUGACUAUAUUCUGGGUUGUUGGAGAUGAGAUUUGAUACAGAUGUCGGAUCUUAAUUUGACCCCUUUCGUCACAGGAGGAAAAUAAUCCUGCAAAAGGAGGAUUUGAAUUAAUAUUUAUUUUAGACGCGUUGUUACAGGGUUAAAACAAAAAACAACUAAAAGGUUAACAGUUUAGGCAUUAAUUCAGAAUGGUUAAGGUUAGGGUCGGGCUAUGGUUUGGAGAAGGCUUCAAAAACAAAAAAAACGCCUAUGUAUCAUCAGUAUUCAUAUCAUUCUUAGAGCUUGCUAGAGCAUUGUGAACUACCGUAGCGCAUUGGUCUAAGCAGCAUGCUCUGGUGCCGAGCCUCAAGAGUUCACGACCAGUGCUGGGCGAUCUAGUGACAAGCCUGAGCCUACAUGGCUAUGUUUAGACAGGCAGCCCAAUUCUGAUAACUUUUCCACUAAUUGGUCUUUUGACCAAUCACAUCAGAUCUUUUCACAUCAGAUCUAUUUGAGAUCGGAUUGGUCAAAAGACCAAUUAGUGAGAAAAAAAAACAUCCGAAGAUGUCAAACGAAAGUCUGAUAAUCAGAGAAAAGUGUCUCAGCUCAAUGAAAUCGUCUUUGGAUAGUCUCAAAAGCAUAAACGUCUUAACAGCUUUACGAAAUGAAAUAUUAAAGCCACACAAUACAGGCUUUCAAGGCACACCAAACACCAUAGCCUAACUAAAUUGAGAAAUUAUACAUAACCUAUCUAUAAAACGUGGGCGAGCAUCCACACAGCAGGAAAGUUUAUCGUUCUACAGUACGUCUACAUCUGUCAAUCAACUGAUGGCCCAAAUCAACUCAGCCAGGGAAACACAGUAGCCUAAUAUCAGUUUUACAUUUUAGUAGACGCUCUUAUCCAGAGCGACUUACAGUUAGUGAGCAUACAUUUUUAAAUUUAAUUUUUUCAUACUGGCCCCCCGUGGGAAACAAACCCACAACCCUGGCGUUGCAAGCGUCAUGCUCUACCAACUGAGCUAUACGGGACUAUAUUUUCACACCUUUCAUUAUGUUUCAAUGGAUGGCUAACGGGUAGCAUACAGAAUGUAUUGGAAUAUACUCAAAUAACAAGGGGCCUAUUGCAAACAUCGAUGGCGCUAGAUUAUCGCCAGCUGAUGUCUCGUUAAACCAUCAAUACGCACUAAAUUCACCCGCACAGCUGAUCUCAAUUGCAAUCAUUAUUGGUCAUCUCAUUACCGCUCCCUCAAAGAUGAUGCCGGUGUUACUUAGUCUGUAUGUAGUGUGUGUGUGGGGUGUCAGUGUAAGUAUGUGUGAGUAGAGUCCAGUGUGUGUGCAUAGAGUCAGUGCAAGAGAGCAAAAAAGGGUAAAUGCAGGUAGUCUGGGCAGCCAUUUGAUUAGCUAUUUAGCAGUCUUGUUUAGCAGUCUUAUGGCUUGGGGGUAGAAGCUGUUCAGGGCCCUGUUGGUUCCAGACUUGGUGCACUGGUACCACUUGCCUUGCGGUAGCGAAGAGAACAGUCUAUGGUUUGGGAUGCUGGAGUCUUUGAAAAAAUGUUGGGCCUUCCUCUGACACCGCCUUGUAUAGCGGUCCUGGAUGGUAGGGAGCUCGGCCCCAGUGAUGUAGUGGGCCGUACUCCCCACCCUCUGUAGCGCCUUGCGGUCGGGUGCCUUGCAGUUGCCAUACCAGGCGGUGAUGCAGACAGUCAAGAUGCUCUCAAUGGUGCAGCUGUAGAACUUUUUGAGUAUCUAAUGUACUUCUAACAUCGUUACAUUGCUUCAUCCAAUCAUUGUUCAAACUUUCUUCUUUCCUCUAUAUAUUUAAAUAUCUAAAACUUGAACAUAUAUACUAAUAUUUAGACUUCAGACAACAUCUUGUUUUCCAAACGUUUAAGCUUGUAAAAUUACACUCUAACUAUGAAUCCAAUGUAGUAUAUCAAUCCUGAUAUACAUAUUCAGAACCCGAUUAUAUGCAUAAUACAGGCUUGAAUCAUGAUUCUACUAAUAUUUUUAAUGUGCCAGUCUGAGUGCCAAGCACCUAUUUUCUCAAUUUCCAUGUCUUCACUCCAUUGUUUUCCUUUCACACAAACCCAAAUUGCAUUACCAUGUUAAACACCCUCCUACCGAUCUCCAUGGCCUCCCACUUCCUCCAAGGCUUACAAGCCCAAAACAAGUGCCUUGAUUAAGGCAUGAACAGUUUAUUCAUCAACCUCUUUUUUCCCUGUGAAGGUUUUUUCCCUUUAAUAAAGCCCAUUCUCAUCACUCGUUUACGUAAUUAAAUAUUUAUUUCUGACAAAUCUCGUAUUCAGAGGCUUGAUUGAUGCGUCUGCAGAUUGGCAGGCAUUUAAAAGAAAUUAAAACAGACAGAAACAACUGCAAAUCUACUAUGCAAUCACAACCACUCAGAACAAGACACAUAGUACAUCUAGCCAUUCAAAGGGAGUCCUCUUUAAAUAGUGUGUUUUAAUUGCUGACGAGAGAGUCUUUUCAAAGGAAGUGGGAAUCAAGGAGAGAGGAAUUGAAGGUAAUUGGAAGUCGACAGAGCGUCGUUUUUGGAUGAGUCACGUGCUCCGUGCGUUUGACGUGCACCUGUUGCCAUUUUGUUUGUGACGCACACUGAUAAUCUAUGUUGGUGGGAAAAGUACUCACACACAAAUGGAGCUUGAUGACUACAGUAAAAAGCCCCAAGUUAAUGAGUUUCAUUCAUCCCGAAAGUCAAAGUGGUGUUUUGUGCUUUUCAACCCACCAAGGGACACAUGAAGGGGUAGUUCAACAAAUUACAAAAGUAUAUAUUGGUUGCCUUACCUUGUCCCUUUAAGGUGGGAAUAUCACAUUUCUAGAUGUCAACAAAUAAUAAUCAUAGAAUAGCGAUAUGUUAGUAUAUUGCAGUACAGUAUAGUAUUAUAGUAUGGUAGUAUAGUAUAGAGUAGUAUAGUUCAUUCUUCAUCAUUUAAUUUUCCACUUGACCCUCUCUCUCAUCUUUACUCAUCCAUCCAUCUUUCCAUUGAUUAUUUAUCUGGCUCUUUUCAAUAUAUGUACGCCAUUACCAAAUAGCAGACAGCGAUAGAUCACGUCAACAACUGUGACAGCUAAUGAGAGGGACAUAUUUCAUACCGCAGCAACGUAUACAUAUAUAUUGCCAUUUAAAGUCUAUGAAAGGAUGGAAAGUCGAAUGAAAUAAAGCACCUCAGUGGAUGCGGAUAUAUUCAUAUGCGGAUGCGGAUAUAUCAUUGUAUACCAUACAUGUUUAGUUGUGUAAUGAAUUGGUUAAUAUAUUUGCAUUGACAUAAACUGUAUUUCAACAAUAUCAGUUAGUUGUGCAAUAUAUUAUAUUGUCAUAUCGUCUGAACAUUCCUUUUUCUCCCUCUGUCCACAGACCUACAACGACCUGGUGGUGUUAUAUAGUAAAUAGUGUGUAAUAUAUGUUGGCAAUAUACACUGAGUGUACGAAACAUUAUGGAGUUGCACCCUUCCCUGUCAUCGUGUGUAAAGCUUCCCAGAUGCUGUGCAUUUCUACACUGGAUUUUGAAGUGGACCAUUAACACAAGUGGGAUCAUAGUCUUGACACACUCAACGUGUGCCUUCUACCUUCACCCAAUGGCCCUUCAUUCACACGAAAUGUCUCAGUCUCAUGUCAUGAUGAAGUGCAAGUGGGAUCAAGCUUCACUGAUCAUGGUUGUUAAAGACGGUGUUCAGUGUGUAUGUCAGUAAUGUAUAUUUAUACUGUAUAUUAACUGUCCUUUUUGUCCCUUUUGUCUUCCCCUCUGUCCUCAGACCUACAAUGACCCGGUGGAGACAAAAGGUGCCCAGACGAGCCAGCCUUCCUCGCACAUGAUGCCCCCCAAUCCGCCCCUGUACAGCGUGCCACCCCAGCCCUCCUCCCCCUACAGUCUGGGGCCGGGGGGCUUCCCCCUCUCAGACCUGCAGAGCUACGCGGGAGCGCCGCGUCACGCCCUCUCCCGGACCCUCAGCCAGUCCCAGAUGCUGCCCAGCAUUAGUGCCUCUCCCCCCUCCUCCUUCCAGAUUAGCCCACCUCUGCACCAACAGCUCUCCCUGCACCAGAGCUCCCUCCUCAACCAGCCAAUCCGCAUGCAGCAUGGCCAGUCCCAGCCAAUCAUCUCCCACCAGAUGGGUCUCCAGGCCUCCCUUCACUCACCUCCUCCUGGGCAGCAGGUUAGUGUGACUCGGAGAGUGCCGAUAUCACCAGCAUAUCACAUAUCACUUGUGCACUAAAUUCUAUGGAAUAGUGGACAUGCUUACUUUGUAGUAUAUGCUAGUGUGGACAGUAUAGACCCAAAAAUAUAUAAUAAUAAAACAUACAAAUAAACAUUUACGUUCCUCAGCUUUUCGUCAAGCAUGUAUACAUUCUACCCAGAUUACGUUGAAUAGCAAUCUCUCCCUGCCUCUCUUCAUUCUCCCCUCCUCUCUCUUUUAAAUUCAAAUGCACAGUACAUGUUAUUGGCUCCCUUGAAGGACUAUGUUGCCAAACCAAUUAGCAAUUAAACUAAUCUCAAAUUAAAAUGUAACAGAAUUUGGCAUUCGGACCAUAAGUAAAGAGCAAACCUCUCUCCCUCUCUCUCUACUCCCCUGCUUUUCUCUCUCAUUCUCCCCUCUCCAUAUGGCCAGUAUACGUUGUCAAAAACUGAAAACUAUGGCCUCUCUCUCCCCGUCUCCUAUAGGGAUUCUCCCACCUACAGUCUGAGUACCAGAAAAGUGUUGGUUCCCAGUCCCCGGCGGCCCCCAACCCUGGGGGUAGACAGAGCCACGAUUGGGACAGUGAAUACUGCGAUAGGGAGUGUGGUGGCAACCACUGCAGGUGAGCAGCCCAGACCAGUAUCGGCUUUGUACAGGAAACGAUUGUUAAUUCCAAUACUGUUUAUACCUUAGAAUAGGGCCAGUUUCCCUGACACGGAUUAAAGCUAGCUCAGGACCAAGACAUUAUUUUAAUGGAGAUUUUCCAUUCAGAAUGAUGCUUUAGUCUAGUACUUGGCUUAACCUAUGUCCGAUAAACUCGCAUAGAUAGUAUUAUUUAAUGUUAGCUUAACUGUUCAAAUGAAAGGACUUUGUUGAAUGCCCUUGAAUACACAGUUGUAUUAUUUAAUGCAGGCUCAAAUGUUCAUUCAAAAAUCCCUUUGAGACUACGGCACUUUGUAGGCAUAUAUCUUUGAAUUGACUUUGUACCAUUUCAGUCCUCAAUGUUGGCUCAGCUAUCUACUGCAUAUGAAAGGGCGUUUGAUACGACUCAUGUGCCCCUUGAAAAUUCAACGCUUUAGUACAUAACGCUGGCUUAGUCAACUAAAUAAAAAAUAUUGUUGAUUCUACUGUGUAAACCUUCGAGAGUACACAUAGUUGUACUACUUAAUGUGCUGAAUCAACCUCUGAGGCCUCUAUAUAUCACCUUUGAAUAUAUACUGAACAAAAAUAUAAACGCAACAUGUAAAGUGUUGGUCUCAUGAGCUGAAAUAAAAGAUCCCAGAAAUCUUCCAUACGCACAAAUAUCUUAUUUCUCUCAAAUGUUGUGCACACAUUUGUUUACGUCUCUGAUAGUGAGCAUUUCUACUUUGCCAAGAUAAUCCAUCCACCUGACAGGUGUGGCAUAUCAAGAAGCUGAUUAAACAGCUUGAUCAUUACACAGGUGCACCUUGUGCUGGGGACAAUAAAAGGCCACUCUAAAAUGUGCCGUUUUGUCACACAACACAAUGCCACAGAUGUCUCAAGUUUUGAGGGAGCGUGCAAUUGGCAUGCUGACUGCAGGAAUGUCCACCAGAGCUGUUGCCAGAGAAAUGAAUGUUCACAACUGCAGACCAACCGCAAUUUAUUUAAAUUGACUGAUUUCCUUAUAUGAACUGUAACUCGGUAAAAUCUUUCAAAUUUUUUCAGUAUACUAUUGAAUCAGUAUUACUACUUAAUGCUGAACAUGUAUUAUCCACGUAUUAUACUUUCUCAGUUGUUUCUAUUGAAAUGUCUGUCAAUUUAUUCAGUGUAAAUUUUUCCGCUAUGGCACUGAAUAAUCAUCAAAACUUCUGUUAGGAACAUCUGUUUGGAGUGUACUCCGACAAACACAUGACGAGCUUUAUUACUUUAAGGUUAGUUUUACAGCUGUCCCUACUGUACUUCAAAGGGGAAGCGUUGAAAGAUUUUUUAUCGGCAUGUUUUUUUGGGGAGUAAGUAGUAUCACCUCCCUGAGUCUGUUUUUUUUAUUUCCUAUUCCUUCUCCUCUCACCGUCUCGCUCUCUUCUCGUUUUCAGUGGCAGCAUGAUAGCCAGGGACAAGCCACUCUACCUCACUUGAAGCCGGAGGCCGCCAUCAACAAGAAAAGACACCAGGGAGUCAGCCCUCAACAUCCCCACCCCACACACAGCACCUACCCGACCCAUCCACCCCAACCCACGCCUACCACCACCAACCACAACCUUUUUUUUGUCAAUGUAAUUUGGGGUUUUUAGAAGGAUUUGUGCAAUUCUGACGACUACUAGCGAUCCCUCUCCUUUUUAAUUUUUUCGCAAAGCACUUACAAAUAUCCAGGCAUAUUUCUUUUCGCGCCGGAUUCUAGAGCACUCAUCUUUGUCUCAGAGUAAAAAAGUGAACUACCAUGAAAAUAGUCCCCCUCAGGGACUAAACUGAGCUUUAAUUAGAAUAAGAAGAGCAAAAAGCCUUCUUCUUCUCCUUCUUCUUCUCCUU